AUGUCGAUAUUUGCGAGCGUAGAUGAAUUAUUUCAGAACUCUCAAGAAUUUUGGAAAGCUUACAUCCCUGAAGAUUCUCCUGUAUUAUACACAGGAACUUUACUUGAAUCAACUGCACCAGAUAAAUCUGAAGAAAGCUUAUACAGCUUAACCAAAAAAUUUUUAAUUAAGCAUAACAAAGAUUCAAAAAGCCCUGAAUUUAUGGUAAAUAUUGAAUGGAAACUUAUUGGGCCAUUCAUUGCAGAAGUAGAAAAGACAACUUCUUAUGGCUUUCUAAUCGGCCACGCAACAAAUUCCAAAUGUUUUUACACAAAUAGUGAAAAUGAGCUGAAAGUGUGGCUGGGACAUUUAUCUUCCGCAGGAAUUAUGACUGGGAUUAAGGACAGCUUUACUUUUGCAAAAGUCAUAGGAAAAGGAGCCUUUUCUACUGUCUAUGAAGCAACAUGCAAAAAUAACAAAAAGUCAUAUGCGGUUAAAGUAAUCCCAAAGCAAAAAAUAGCCCAAGAUAUCCAGCCUCUUGUUAGAGAAAUCAAGAUUAUGAGAAAGCUGAAGCAUCCGAACAUUGUUAAACUUUAUAAAGUUUACGAAAGCAUCUCUAACAUCUACCUAGUGCAGGAUUACGUAAGCGGAGGCGAUCUUUAUCAUCGUAUCAUAGAAAAAAAACGAUUUUCAGAAAAGGUCAAGUAGAUUUCUAUAAAUCACUGGUUUAUUUUGGCAAAAUUAUAGAAAAUAAUAUUUUAAAAAAGUUUAUUAUAAAAAAAUUUUCAAAAACCUCAGAAAAUUCUGUCAAAAAAUUUACCCAAAAAAUGCUCCAUGUUUUGGACUAUUUAAAGACUAAUGGAGUUAUCCAUCGAGACAUAAAGCUUGAGAAUAUCCUAUUAAAAUCUAAUGACAACGAUUAUGAUUUCAAACUAAUAGAUUUCGGUCUAGCUGCAGAAUUGGCUGACCAUUCCACAACUCGCUGCGGAUCUCCUGGAUACAUAGCUCCUGAAAUGUUACGACAGGAACCCUAUGGCAUUAAAGUUGACAUUUUCAGCGUCGGAAUUAUUAUUUACACUUUACUUGCAGGCAAAAUGCCAUUCCAAGGGCUUACCCCUCAAAGGGUUCUAGAAAGGAAUAGAGGAUUAGGAUUAUUAAAGACAAGCGCUAGCCAUAUUUGUGACUCAGUCCCCAAGAAUUCUUUAUGGGAGAUUUAUUCGCUUUGGGACUAACUGCCCAGUAAGUCUAGCCGUAGCCGGUUUAGUUUUCUACUCCUUGCUUGAGGCUUUAGUCCUAGUGGGCGGCUUAUAGAUUUCUGAGGCUUCAGUCCUAGUGGGCGGCUUAUAGAUUUCUGAGGCCAUGCAAUACAGGAUUGGUAGUAGUUUGGACUUGCUCCUAGGAGCCUAUCUCGUCCCAGAAUGCCUUUCUUUAGCAGCUAGAGGGAAAAAAACUAUUCCGCUAUGGUAUAGGCUGAAACCACCGUUUUUCGGUAGAGGAUACUAAAGGGUUCGAAGAACAUUGCUGGACACUUCCAUUUUCAAUACAGAAAAGCAGCAAAAAUAUAUCCGGAUGCAUAUUUGCUGAGGCUGGAUUUGCUUAGCUCUUGGAGUCUGUUCCAGUUCGUCGUCGUGACUUAGAGUUAGGACUGUUAUGCCAAGAGGGCUGGCUUGCACGUGUCGUCAUUUUAAUGUAUACAAAAAGAAUAGAGAUUGCCAUAUUUGUUUUCACGAUGAAGCACUAACACAAAUAUCUCCAGAUGGGAUAAAUUUAGUCCAAAAGCUGACUUGCUCAUGUCAAAAUUAAGAUAUGGCAUAAUUAGAAUUUCUGGUGAAAAUUCUUCUUUUGCGUAUUUUAAUUAUGAGAUUUGGUUUCCUUAGGUGAUAUUAUUCCAGCUAUGCCAUUGAAGCAAGAGCCAGGUGAUUUUUCCUCCUGAAUCCUGAUCUUAGGGAAUCGAAUUACCCAGAAGGGCACAAACUGCCCCAAGAAGUGGAUACUGGGUGCCUGACGGAUCCAAAUAUGCAGCCUGAGCUAAAAGAAAAGUCGUUGAAGCCCAAUCCUUAAAACUGGAAAAUCGACAGAAUGCCCCAGAUUGGUGUUGAAGCCAGCUGUGGCAGUAAGCAGCCUGCUAUUGGGUGUAAAACGAAGAAUCCUAAAAAUUUAAUUGAAUUAAAUUGGCUUGCUCAUAUCCUGGUCUUAGAAUUUCUCCAGAAAAGGCUCUUAUGCAUCAUUGGUUCUCCAAAAUGCCGCAUAAAGGAGAGAGACAUGAGCUAAAUUCCAUCAGAGGUGAAAAUGAGCUAAGUAAAGAAUUGCAUGCAUCAAAAUCAGCUGAAGUAAUGAAAAUGUCAAGCUCUAGAGUUGAAAAUUUAGGGAUUAAUGAUGGAAAAGUUAGGAGUCUAAGAAUUGAGUUGAAAAAGUGGAUAUAA